AUGGCGAGAGCUCUUCCACAACCUGGAGUGUUGGAAGGAAGAAGAGUGCACAGUUUUGAGGAAUACGUCAACUGCGGGCAGUCUGGGCCUGUUUACAUGUGCCCACAGCUCGGAGAAAGAUUCGGGUAUCAGGCCGAUGGGCUGCUCGUGAUCGCGCUUGACAAGGACCUCGGCAGCCACAUCUGUGAUUGCUCCGCCUCUCUUCUAACGCUGGUGAUCAUAGAGAAGAAGGAGGAGACGAGGAGACGAGUGCUGAACAUCUCUGGCCAGAAGCCAUCCUCAUCCUCUGCCAUGUCCAAGAAAGUGGUCGCAGUCUUCGGAGCCACAGAGAAGGAGGCCGGCGCGGAGGUGGUAGCGGCGGAUCUGGAUGACGAGAAGAGCGUGGAGGCCGCCCUGAGCGGAGCUUAUGCAGCUUUCGUGGUCACCAACUUCUUGGAACAUUUCAGCAAAGAUAAAGAAAUCGUCCAGGGCAAACGCAUCGCAGACGUGUCCAAGCGCCUUGGUCUGACCCUGGUGGUGUUCAGCGGUUUGGAGAAUGUGAAGAAGCUGACCGGUGGGAAGCUGGAAGUGAUGAAUUUUGAUGGCAAAGGGGAGGUGGAGGAGUAUUUCCGAGAGAUCGGCGUGCCCAUGACCAGCGUCCGACUUCCCUGUUACUACGAGAACUUGCUGACCUUCUUCCGGCCACAGAAGGACAAGGACGGCGAUGGCUACACGCUGUGCUUCCCGAUGGGUGAUGUCCCUCUGGAUGGGAUGUCCGUGAAGGAUCUGGGUGUCAUAGUCCUCACCAUCUUGCAGUCUCCCUCGAAAUACGCCGGCAAGGACAUCGGCCUCAGCAUGGAUAAGCUGACGACAGAGCAGUACGCUGCCAUAAUGACCAGAGUGCUCGGCAAGAACAUCAGAGACGCCAAGUUGUCUCCUGAUGCCUUUGCAAAGCUGGGCUUCCCCGGAGCUGAAGAGCUGGCCAACAUGUUUAAAUUCUACCUCAUGAAACCCGACCGCGAUAUUCAGGUCACCCUCCAGCUCAAUCCCAAAGCCAAGAAGUUCCAGUGCUGGCUGGAGGAGAACAAGGCCGCCUUUGAUGACCUGUGACCCUCCUUCCCUUAU